AUGCGCCGUCUGUUGCUGGUCACACUGAUUCUCCUUCACCAGGGCUUUUGCAGUGACGAACUGAAGUUUGAGGUAAAGACUGUGACUGUUGGACAAAAUGUGACCCUAAGCUGUCCUCGCCAGACCUCCGCUCUCUACCGAGAAACUUUUUACUGGAUCCGACUUGUUUCUGGAAACUGGCCUGAAUUUCUUGGAGCAACAGUUAAUUUGAAGAUUGACGACGUUUCAAAGAUUCCUCACAUUCAGACCAAACAGGAGGAAGGAGAAUUUCAUCUUCAUAUUAAUGAAGCUAAGCGAAACGACACUGGACUUUACUACUGUAUUAAAGUCAAACAACUUGAGUUCAUAUUUAUGAAAGGAACAUUUUUGAAAAUAAGAGGAGAAGAAUCGAAUGUAACUGUUUUACUGGAAGAUUCUCCAUCUGGUGCCAUUCAGUCAGAGACCCAAGAGACUCUACAGUGUUCAGUUCUCUCUUACUCUGAGAGGAAAACAUGUCCAGCAGAUCACAGAGUUUACUGGUUCAAAGCUGGAUCAGAUAGUUCUCAUCCCAAUUUACUUUAUUUACAAGAAAACAGUGGAGAUGAGUGUGAAAACAGUCCUGAAACUCCUUCUGCACAAAAAUGUUUUUACAACUUUUCAGAGACCUCUGAUGCUGGGAUUUACAGCUGCGCUGUGGCUGCAUGUGGACAGAUAUUAUUUGGAAACGGAGCAAAGCGUUUUGGUAUCUAG